UUCUUCGGGGCGCAGCUGGCGGAGCGUGCGACGUCGUGUCACCUUUCGCUGGCCAUCCAGGUCGCGCGCCAAGAAUUGAAUGCGGCUCGGGCGCCUAUAUAGGAGUGGACUCUGCCUCCUCCGGCUUCGUCCACCGCUGCCGUGAGGAGGCUGAUAACGUGCUUGUCGUUGGACGGGAGGGAGACCACCAACGUGCAAAGCGCCCGCUUGGGUCACUCGGUCCUGCUAGCGGCGAUAAGCAAAGGCGUAUACGGUUUACCGUCGUUCAUCACACAGCACCACCCACAUCGAAAGCAUGUCCCGUGGCCGGCGCUCGCUCCUUCUGUUAUGCGGCCUGCUGGCGCUGGGACUAAACUGCGUCCUAUGCGACCACGGCUCGGACUCGUUGCAGCAGGACCAGGAGCAGCUGCUGCACCACAACUCGCACCAGCAGCCUCCGUCGUCCGCGCACCAGCACCUCAAGGCCGAGCGUUCGGGCACCUACUACCUGCACGACGUGGACAACAAGGCCCGCUUCGGCGUCGCGGGAGUGGGCGGCUCGGGUCUCACGCUGCUGCUGCCCAUCCUGCUGGUUCUGGGCCUGUUCGUCAUCAUCAUCCCGAUAUUCGGGCUGCUCUUCACCACGGGCAUCGCCGGAGGGUUCGGAGGGUUCGGAGCCGGCGUGCCCGGUGGACUCUACCCGGCCGCUUCGGCCGCCGGACGCAAGUGGACAGGCGCGGAGUCGUCGAUACUGAGUCAGGAGAACGUCAUCAAGAUGGUCAGCUUUGUCGAUAAGGCUCUCCAGGACUUUGGCAAGCAACUCAAGGUCAAGCAGAGCUAACUGCACGUAUAGCGUGCGUUUCCUGAGACAGUCUCGCCUUCGGCUGGUCCACAUGCGCUGAACUGGAGGACAGAGGAAGUUAUUAACACGGCGAACUUAGCGCUGCGCGCUUCAUUACUAUAUACGCGAUUUCGUUAGGAAGAGUCGCGGCCAGUAUAACCCAGAACGCGAUGGCUUGUGAACAGUUAGCAGCCGUGAACUAUUGGAUCCCUGAAGCCGUAACGUUGGCAUUCGCCACGCCGCUGUGCUAUGUGAAUAAGUAAAUGUAGUAGGAAUAAGUAAAAGUAAUAGGAAUAAGUAAAUGAAUUCGCCAAUUUCUUUUCUCGGCACACGCACGUAUUUCUGGAAAGGAAGGCGAUAUUUUAAAGCGUAGCCGCCGUUCUGUCAACUCCGAGGAGCAAGCGUUCGUACCGUCACAAAAUUAUGCGGUUCUGGCAAAUGCGGGUGAGAUCUCACCUUGAAGCGAGAGCAGGGCGUCGCUAUACUCAUAGAUAUAUAGAUGCAGGGAAACGGCAGUGCACGCGCGACCUGAACUCGGCGCUUGCGGUCAGUGACAACGUAACGGGCUUAAUGAUGAAAACGCAGUUUAAACACUGAUGGUUUCUAUAGUUCUGUUCUUAGAUGAAUGCGUCACUCAAAGGUAUAGCCACUCAAAACCCCGUCGUGCUGCACAAUUCACUCACGGCAUGCAUGUUUGAGGUCGUAUGCUGAGCACGACUGCACUUUUCAACCGUACUUUUCAUCGGUGAGGUUUAUGACUCACAUGCAGACAUACUUAUCACCCCAACUGCUGAGCAGAAAAUGCGGGUCAUUUACUAUGCGUAUGCACUUUUCACUGUACAUAAAGAGCUGCACGAGCGUGGACACGAUUUUCCAGCCCUGUGGUUUUAAUGUAUACCUCUCUGAAGCGCGCAUUAUAGUAAAUUCCGACUUAGUCUGGCGCAUGCCUCUGUUAGAAGAUAUUUUUAAAAAAUCCAGCAUAAAGCUCGUUCUAACGUGUCGCCAGAAACAAACACUUUAACAAGAUUUAUCUGUGAUGCACAGUGCAGUGUUAUUCUAUUUAGUUAUCAACCGUUCUACAGCGCACACGUGCGCUUACGGAUGUGCAAUGAGUUUCAAUGUUUGGAAUCUGAAACAGCGCACAAACGCAUGCGAAUAUGCAUGCCUUACUGAGUACGGACUGUGAUUACAGUAAUGAGCAAUGUUGCAAUUUUUUACUCGCAACAGUAGAAUAAAUUCGAGGCUUUAAACGUCA